AUGUCCACCUGCCCCAGUUCGACCACCACAUCCCUGGCCAGCAGGGAUGCUUGUACUUCUGAAUCGCCUUCUCUCAAGCCGGAUUCAACGGGCCAGUCGUCGGAUCAUGAUAUUCGCAACCAGGUAGCCUCUGCUUCGAUACCUGCUCAAAAGCCAGAUUCGAGCAGGAUAGCGGAUAAAGGGGCGCCCUCCCCCUUCAAGGUCAAGAUAGCAGCAGCAGCACGCGACAUCAUCCGCGCGGUUGGCGAGGACCCGGCCCGCGAGGGUCUUGCAGACACACCAUACAGGUUCGCCGAGGCGUUUCAGUUCUUCACCCAGGGGUACUCCAAGAACAUCCACGAGGUGUCCAACGAUGCGAUAUUCAGUAUAGACUCCAGGGAGCUUGUCAUCGUGAGGGACAUUGACAUCUUUAGCAUGUGCGAGCACCAUAUGAUGCACAUCGGAUACGUCCCCAACGGCCGCGUGCUCGGGUUGUCCAAGCUGCCGCGGAUCGCCGAGGUCUAUGCGCGAAGGCUCCAGAUUCAGGAGCGUCUGACAAAGCAGGUUGGGGAAGCCAUCGACGAGGUCCUCAGCCCCCUGGGCGUUGCCGUCGUCUUGGAGUGCACCCACAUGUGCAUGGUGAUGAGGGGCGUGCAGAAGACGGGGACGGUGACUCUGACCCAGAGCAUGACCGGUUUGCUGAAGGAUGACCUCGACGAACAGAAGAAGUUCUAUACUCUGCUUGCUCAGGGGCAGCGCGGUUAG